AUGGAGUUAGACGAGAAGACACUAAGUUUAAUCAUUUCAAAGCUAGGCCCAGGACUGAUGAUUUCUCUUUCUGCCAUAGGCGGAGGCCUGGGAUUCAUAGCAGGCUCGGAGGGCAUCUGUAAGGCUGCUGAAAAUGUUGUUAAUACCACCUACUCCCUUGUUCCAAUCAUCUUCAUUACAGCUCCAACAAUGUACUCUGUGAUUCUAUACUUCAUGGUUUAUGACAAGAAGAUUGAAUCUCUCAAGGAUGGCCUUUUGGUCCUGAGUGCAUGUGUGGUUAAUGGCGUAUCCUCAGGUGUUGCUGGAUAUUCCAUAGGCUACUCUGCAAAGGUUGCAUGUGUCACAAGGUCCCAACAAAAGAAGUUCAACAGUAUCUUCUUCUUAAUACUAAUCUUUGGAGAGGUUGUUGGCCUUCUCGGGCUUGUGUGUGCAAUGGCUAUAUCAUCGAGCAUAGGCAAUGAAUGA